AUGUAUAAAAAACAUCAACUGUUCUUGACGAAGGUGAAUGAUGUUGCCAUAAAAGCGAAAUUAAAUGAAAAAUACACAAAGAUCCCACGUGGUGGGUCGACAAAGAGCCACGUCAAAGGGCAAGACUAUAUAAAGCCUGACUUUGGUAAUUCAUUCAGACAAUUCAUGACUGAAACCUUCCAAUUCCAAGCUGAAAUCAACCAACUUCUGUCGUUGAUCAUCAACGCAUUCUAUUCGAACAAGGACAUUUUCUUGAGAGAGUUAAUUUCAAACUGCUCUGAUGCUCUCGAUAAAAUCAGAUACGAAUCCCUCUCAAACAAAGAAGUUCUUGGUGAAGAACCCGAUCUCCUCAUCAGAAUCACUUGCGAUAAGGACAACAACCAGAUGAUUAUUGAAGAUACCGGUAUUGGUAUGACUAAGGCCGACUUGAUUAACUGCCUUGGUACCAUUGCUAGAUCUGGAACCAAAACUUUCAUGUCAAAGAUUAUGGAAGGAACCGCCGAUGUUUCUAUGAUUGGUCAAUUCGGUGUCGGUUUUUACUCAUCAUACUUGGUUGCCGAGAAAGUCACUGUCAUCACAAAGAACAACGAUGAUGAACAAUACGUUUGGGAAUCUCGUGCUGGUGGAGAGUACACUAUCACUCUUGACGAAAGCGGACAACAACUCAAGAGAGGAACUAAGGUCAUUUUGAAAUUGAAGGAAGACAUGCAAGACUAUUUGGACACCAAAAAGGUUCAAGAAAUCAUCAAGAAGCAUUCCGAAUUCAUCCAAUACCCAAUUAUGCUCUACGUCACUAAGGAGACUGAAGAAGAAGUGACUGAUGAUGAGGCUGAAGACAAGAAAGAAGAGAAGAAGGAAGAGAAACCAGAAGAGAAGACUGAGGAAAAGAAGGACGAAGAGAAGAAAGACGAAGUGAAAAUCGAAGACGAGAAGAAAGAAGAGGAGAAGCCAGAAGAGAAGAAAGAAAAGAAGACUAAAAAGGUCAAGAAGACUACCAGCGAGUGGGAACAAGUCAACAAGCAAAAACCAAUCUGGACCAGAAAGCCAGAAGAAAUCACUAAGGAAGAAUACUCUGCUUUCUAUAAGACCAUUUCUAACGACUGGGAAGACCACCUUUCUGUCAAGCACUUCUCCGUUGAAGGACAAAUCGAGUUCACUGCUAUUUUGUUUGUCCCACAAAGAGCUCCAUUCGAUAUGUUCGAUGCCAAGAAGAAGUCCAACAACAUCAAGUUGUACGUCAGAAGAGUUUUCAUUAUGGACGACUGCAGAGAACUCAUCCCAGAGUGGUUAGGAUUCAUCAAGGGUGUUGUCGAUUCCGAGGAUCUCCCAUUGAACGUCUCAAGAGAAAUGUUGCAACAGAACAAGAUUCUUAAGGUCAUCAGAAAGAACCUUGUCAAGAAGUCCCUUGAAAUGUUUGCUGAGAUCUCUGAGAACAAGGACGACUGGAAGAAGUUCUACGAGGCCUUCGGAAAGAACUUGAAGCUUGGUAUCCACGAAGACACUACCAACAGAGAUAAACUCGCUGAACUCCUCAGAUUCUACUCAACAAAGUCUGGAGAAGACAUGACCUCAUUCAAGGACUACAUCGCAAGAAUGAAAGAAGGACAAAAGGAAAUUUACUUCAUUACUGGUGAGAGCAAGAAGGUCGUUGAAACUUCCCCAUUCGUCGAAGGAUUCAUGAAGAAAGGAAUUGAAGUCUUGUACAUGACCGACCCAAUUGAUGAGUACGCUAUGCAACAAUUGAGAGAAUUCGACGGAAAGAAGCUUGUCUGCAUCACUAAGGAUGGCGUCAAGGUCGACGAAUCCGAAGACGAGAAAAAGGCUGCCGAGCAAAAGGAAAAAGACAACGAAGAACUUUCAAAGGCCGUCAAGGAGAUUCUUGGCGAGAAAAUCGAGAAGGUUGUCAUCUCAACAAGACUUGUCAACAGUCCAUGCGCUCUUGUUACUGGCGAAUAUGGAUGGUCCGCUAAUAUGGAAAGAAUCAUGAAGGCUCAAGCACUCAGAGACAACUCUAUGAGCACUUACAUGGUCUCAAAGAAGACACUUGAACUCAACCCAGACCACCCAAUCGUCGAAGAACUCAAGAAAAGAGUCCACACCGACAACUCAGAUAAGACCGUCAAGGACUUGGUUGUUUUGUUGUUCGAAACUGCUUUGUUGUCUUCUGGAUUCUCUCUCGAUGACCCAGCUGCUUUCGCUGGUAGAAUUUACAGAAUGGUCAAAUUGGGUCUCUCACUUGAUGACAAGGAAGAAGAAGUCCCAAAGGCUGAAGAUGUCAAGCCAGUCGAAGAGACUCCUGCUGGAGAGAUGAAUUCUCAAAUGGAGGAAGUUGAUUAA